CACUUCAUUUGCAUGUCGUGAAAUUUGUGUGGUGUUUGUUAUGACAUUUGCUUGUUUUUUUCUUAACAAAUAAUUUUCAAAUAUCCGUUAAAAAUUACAUGUUAAUAUGUCAAAUUUAAGGCAAACGCCAUUAACCUGUAGUGGACAUACUCGUCCUGUCGUUCACUUAGAUUUUAGUGAUAUUACCGAAUGUGGUUAUUUUUUAAUAUCGGCUUGUAAAGAUGGAAAACCUAUGUUACGACAAGGUGACACUGGAGAUUGGAUUGGAACCUUCCAGGGACAUAAAGGUGCCGUCUGGGGUGUUGCAUUGAAUUCUCAGGCAACUCGUGCUGCUACUGGUGCAGCAGAUUUUACUGGUGAAUUUAUUAAAAGCGCUAUUUAUAAUAGUGAAUAUAAUGGUCAUAGCUGGGCAUUAACUCGUUAA